AUGCAGGUAAAUACCAAAGGUUCUGAUGCUAUGGUGAAAGAUAGUGUUAAUGUGGGUAGCAGUGCAGAUCAAGCAGGAAGGGAGAAAUUGCAAGAAUUGAGGGCUAAAUCUGGUUCAAGGAUGGGGUGUGUCUCAGGGGCAAUUCUGGCAAACCAUUCAGGAAUGCCCAUCCCUUCUGACCUUGGAAAACUCAAGAGACUCACUUUUCUUAGCUUGCUUUCUGGUGGGUUUCAUGGCAAAACUCCUGCGACUCUGGCAAACUUGUGGAAUUUGCGCCACUUGGAGCUGAGCUCAACAGACAAUGUAGGAAAAUUGCAAAGUCCAAACUUGUCAGUUUGGCUUAAAAAUAUGACAAGAUUGGAACACCUCAAUCUACAUAGAGUGGAAAUUUCAAGGGCAAAGGAGCGGGACAAAGUUAUUACCAGUCUAUCCAAUCUUAGGUAUCUGCGCUUGUCUGAUUGUGGGCUAACAGGACUGCUUCCUUCCUCUAUAAAGAAUCUCUUCCGUCUUGCUCAUCUGGAUCUGUCUUCCAACAGCUUCACAGGGCUAAUGCAGCUACCUUCUUUGGGUCAGCUUCCAGCCCUUUCUUAUCUUGAUCUCAGCUCCAACAAAUUCAAUGGUACAAUUCCAUCCACAAUUUCAAAGCUUGUUAACUUAAAAUCACUUUUGCUCUCAUCCAACAGUUUCACAGGUACCAUUUCCCUUUCCUUCUUUGAGAAUAUGACCAUCCUUGAACAGCUAUUACUUUCUCACAAUCACUUGACUGUGAGCGUUGCUUCCACUUGGACUCCGAAGUUCAAGAAGUUGUCUGGUCUUGGACUGGCUUCUUGUAAGCUGUUUAAAUUUCCUUUGUUUCUUGUGAAACAAUAUCAUAUGUUUGAGCUGGAUUUAUCUGGCAACAGUAUAGCAGGAAAUAUUCCGACAUGGAUAUGGGAGUUUCCCGAGCUUUUUCAUCUCAACCUUUCAUCCAGCGAGUUAACUGGAAGAUUGCCAUUGAAGCUUGCAGCCAAGAAUCUUGGGUUCCUGGAUUUGCACAACAACAGCUUGGAGGGUGCUGUUCCUCUGCCACCUGCUAGUAUUUUAUAUCUAGACAUGUCAGAUAAUAAUUUUACAGGUUCAAUUCCUGGUGAUAUUACAACAUAUCUUCAAUCGGCAGACGUUUUCUCUAUCUUGCGGAAUAAGACCAGCGGAAGAAUCCCAGACUCUAUCUGCACCACAACUAUGCGGGUUCUUGACUUGGCAGGCAACAAGCUCAGCGGUACUAUUCCUCUUAACUUCACAGCAAACUGUUCAGAUUUAAGAGUUUUGAGUUUGGGUCAAAACAAUCUCGUGGGUGAUAUGCCUGAAGUGGGAGAUCUUACAAAACUUCAGAUGUUAAGUCUGAAUGGUAAUCAUCUUCAAGGGCUUAUUGAAUCAUCCGUAGAAAAUUGCACUUCUCUCCAAGUUCCGAAUUUAGGAAAUAAUCAUUGUGAUGGCAGCAUUCCCCACUGGAUUGGAAAUCUAUCAAAACUGCAGAUUUUGAUGUUGAACUCCAACAAAUUCCAAGGCACUAUUCCUCCCAAAAUCUUUGCCCUCAAGCAACUCCAAAUCUUAGACCUUUCUCACAACAAUCUUUCAGGUUCUAUACCAACAAGCCUCACCGGUUUACAGGCAAUGGUCAAUGCAUCACAGUUUAGUCCAGUGCAGCUUGGGUACCGGAUUUCAAAAGAUAUUUUGUGUAAGAAUGAGGUAACCCUUUCCACAAAAUACCUCUUUCUUGAGUAUGAGAUUAUUCUUACAAUUUUUAAGUUUAUUGAUCUGUCAAGCAACAAUUUGUCGGGAAGGAUUCCUCCUGAUAUUGGAUCCCUUCAAGGUUUGAAAGGUCUUAAUCUUUCUAGAAAUAAUCUCAUUGGCAAGAUUCCAGAAAAAUUUGGAGGCAUGGAUCAACUGGAGUCUCUAGAUCUUUCACUAAACAAUCUGAGCGGAAAUAUUCCCUUAGAACUUCAAUAUCUCAGUUAUUUGCAUGUCUUUAAUGUCUCUUUAUGA